UCCUUCUCCCCCUCCAGUGGCAUCUUGCGCGCCGCCGCCGCCGCCUCCUUCCUUCUCGCAGCAUCCUCCACUGCGCAGCCCGCGCUGGGGGCUCGGGGGAUGGCCAGACUGCCGGCGAGCGAGCCCAGGCGGAAGGCGCAAUCCCAGCAACCGCCCCGCGCCUCCCCCAUGAGCAGCGGCGGCGGCAGCGGCGGCAGCAUCUCUGAGCCCGAGGGCAUGAAGGACCUAGAUGCUAUCAAGCUCUUUGUGGGGCAGAUCCCCCGGAACCUCGAGGAGAAGGACCUCAAGCCCCUCUUCGAGCAGUUCGGGCAGAUCUACGAGCUGACGGUGCUGAAGGACCGGUACACUGGCAUGCACAAAGGUUGCGCCUUCCUUACGUACUGCGCCCGAGAUUCGGCCAUCAAAGCUCAGACAGCGCUACAUGAACAGAAGACGCUCCCUGGGAUGGCGCGGCCAAUCCAGGUAAAGCCGGCGGACAGCGAGAGCCGUGGAGGUAGGGACAGGAAGCUCUUUGUGGGAAUGUUGAACAAGCAGCAAUCGGAAGAAGACAUACUGCGCCUCUUUGAACCUUUCGGAGUCAUUGACGAAUGCACGGUUCUCAGAGGGCCGGACGGGAACAGCAAAGGCUGUGCCUUUGUUAAAUUCUCCUCUCACACGGAGGCCCAGGCAGCGAUCCACGCCCUUCAUGGCAGCCAAACUAUGCCUGGUGCUUCCUCCAGCCUUGUGGUGAAAUUUGCCGACACGGACAAAGAGCGGACCCUCCGGCGCAUGCAGCAGAUGGUUGGGCAAUUGGGGAUCCUCACGCCUUCGUUUGCGCUGCCCUUCACCCCGUACAGCACAUAUGCUCAGGCUCUGAUGCAGCAGCAGACCGUCCUCUCGGCAUCUCAUGGAAGCUUCGUCAGCCCAAGCCUCACCUUCUCCCCCUGCCACAUCCAGCAAAUCGGCACCGUCAGCCUAAAUGGCUUGCCAGCCACUCCUGUUGCACAAACCUCAGGGUUACACUCGCCUCCUCUCUUGGGCACGACUGCCAUCCCAGGACUGGUGGCCCCCAUCACCAACAGCUUCGCAGGAGUGGUCCCCAUUCCCAGCACCCAUCCCACCUUGGAGGCCGUUUAUACGAAUGGGCUUCUUCCCUGCACAGCCCAGAACCCAUCGGUAGCAGAGACUAUGCACCCAGCCUUCACCGGAGUCCAGCAGUAUGCAGCUGUCUACCCAGCCACCACCAUCACCCCGGUAGCUCAGCCCAUCCCUCAGCCCCUUCCAAUAAUUCAGCAGCAGCAACGGGAAGGCCCCGAAGGAUGCAACCUUUUCAUCUACCACCUCCCCCAGGAGUUUGGCGACAACGAACUCAUGCAGAUGUUCCUUCCCUUUGGGAACAUCAUCUCCUCCAAAGUUUUCAUGGACCGCGCAACAAAUCAGAGCAAAUGUUUCGGCUUUGUGAGUUUCGACAACCCAUCCAGUGCCCAGACAGCCAUCCAGGCUAUGAAUGGGUUCCAGAUUGGGAUGAAAAGAUUGAAGGUGCAAUUGAAGAGGCCUAAGGAUGCCAGCCACCCCUACUGAAAUGCACGUCCCUGCGAUGGAAACUGCAGUCCUGCAGUGAAGUUAAGCAUCCCCUCUUCCAGUUGAUUUCGUUCUUUCGUUUUAAAGAAGGGAUCCCCCGCCCCCCGAACAAUUCCCCACCUUCCUUGGGCGGUGUGGGGGGGGGCAGGGGGAAGCCGACGACAACAAACAAACCCAGCCAACAUCCAGCAACAACGACAACACCUUUCACAACGUCCUCCUGAAAGGAUUCACAGGGUGUGUGUGUAUGUGUGGGGGAAUUCAGCACCACGGACAGCUGCCCCCCCCCCCCCCAGUUUAGCCAAUGGACCAACCUGACGACUUGGUUGCAUCGUUUUAACAGGUCGCCUUGAACGCCGACUUUCUAAUUUAAACCGUGUUGUGUAUAUAAGUAGAAGAGAGAGAGAGAGAAAGAGAAAGAUAUAUAUAUAUAUAAGGAUAUAUAAAUAUAUAUUACAGCAACUCUAUUUUUUUUAAAACGUUCAGAAGAAGAAGAAGAGAAAAAGAAAAACCACAGGACCAAACUUUUCUUCCUUUCUACGGCGGGUGAGUCGACACGAGACGACAGAUAGUGCCUGAUCCACGAAUGGCGUCUGAAAGGGCCUGGGUCUUUCCCCCCCAAGAGCUCUGCCGGGUGCAAAAGGAGAAGCUGUUUCCGCCUUGGCGUCCAGGACGGAGUGCGGACGAAGGGCCAGGGGAAGGGAUUCUGGGGCGCGUCUUUGAAGAAGCCUCCGCGGAUGAGGGCAGGUAGAAGUGCCUUCGCGGCGGCAUUUCCGUGGCUGCGCCGGAACGGAAAGAGGAAAGAGCGCAGCGGGGCAAGGGUGGGGGGGGAGGCUCUCCUCCUCGCCCCCUUCCUCAACAGCCAAAUAUUCCUGAUCAAAUGGAGGGCUAACUGUUUAAAAAGACGAAGAAGCAAAGAAAAGGAAAGGAACCUAUUGAUAAGGGUUACAACACUGCCUCCAGCAACAGACUUGAAUUUUAUUUUAUUUUUUACUGUUCUGCAGAUAGCCGAUGUUUCCAGCGUGUAUGAGUGUGUGUGUAUGCGUGAACUUGCUAACCCAAGAAGAUGCAAGCAAAAUAUUAUUGCAGAAGAGUUCUCUCUUCAGGGGAACAAAUCAAACAGUAUGCAACUGAUACACGUGUGUCUCUGUGUGUAUGUGUGUGUAGAUAUACAUAUAUAUAUAUGCAUUGCAGAGGGUUAUUCCUA